AUGUGGGCAAGGAUUCUUCUGAGUAUUGUCUCCUUGAACUGGAUUGCCACAGUGUCAUCUGAACCUCAAUAUGUACUGCUGGUCCCAACGGUCGUACGGAGCGACUCUCCACAGACCGCUUGUGUGCAGUUCCACAGCCUCAGUGAACCUCUGUCCCUGAGCAUUGUCCUGCAAUAUGGCAAUAUCCAGGAGACUCUCUUUGAGGAAUCCGUGACAAAGAAUAAUUUCUUCAGGUGCUGGGAGUUCAAGGUUCCUCCUGCUACUUCUGACCCCGUGGCAUUCAUUUCCUUCUCUGCCAAAGGCAACACAGUCAACUUAGCUGAGAGAAGAUCAGUGGCAAUUGAGAAUGUGGAUAAUGCUGUCUUGGUCCAGACGGACAAACCCAUCUACAAGCCAGGGCAAGAAGUGAUGUUUCGUGUAGUCGCUUUGGACAGCCAGUUCAGACCUGUUCAGGAGACCUAUCCCCAAAUCAUCAUUGAGGAUCCAGAGCGAAACAAGAUCUUCCAGUGGUUGGAGGUAACAUCUAAACAUGGAAUUGUCCAGCUCUCCUUUCCACUAAUCUCAGAGCCUAUGCUGGGGUCCUACCAUAUCAUUGUGGAAAAGAAAUCAGGUGAAAAACUGUACCAGUUAUUCAGCGUGGAGGAAUAUGUGCUGCCGAAAUUUGAAGUGACAACCAGCGUGCCAAAUCGCAUCUCUUUCUUUGAUGAAGAACUCAGGGUGAAUGUUUGUGCUUCGUACACUUAUGGCCAACCGGUGCAAGGGAAUGUCCAAAUCAAUGUGUGUCAGCAGCGCUUUUAUCGUCCACGGUGUGAGCAAAACCAGAAAGAAAUCUGUGAAGCUGUCACUGGACUGCUGGGGAAGGAUGGCUGCCUCAACACCGUCAUCUCCAUCAAAACAUUCCAGCUCUACCGCAGCUAUGCUAGCAUGUAUACCAGCCUCAAUGUAGAAAGCACCGUCACUGAAAAUGGGACAGGUAUCCAGAUGAAAGGCUAUGACUAUGUUGCAGUCAAUCAAGAAAAUGACAGAGUGAUGUUCCAGAAUAUGGAUUUCUAUUACAAGAGAGGAAUUCCUUACUCUGGUGAGCUCAAUGAAAAUGACCUGGCCAGCUAUACCACUGACCAGAACGGCACUGCUGCUUUUUCCAUCGACACGUCCAACUUCUUUGAUCCCAGCUUUAAGUUGAGCGUCAGGCAGGCCCCAGACGACUGUGCAGACUUCUUCAUCUGGAGGAAUGAUAAUGAGCCCCAAGCCUCAUUCUUUAUCCGGCGCUUCUACUCACGGACCAACAGCUUUGUGAAAAUCGAGCCAGUGAGGGAGAAGCUCAGCUGUGGUCAGCAGCGAAUAAUCAAUGUUCACUACGUCCUGAAUGGAGAGGGCUACAAGAAUGCCAGAUACACAAACUUCUACUAUGUGGUGAUGACAAAUGGAAAAAUUACUCUUAGUGGCCAGAAGGAAGUCCGCACCUAUGGUGCUCCAAGAGGUACAUUCUCUAUCACACUGACUGUCACUGAGAAACUUGCCCCCAGCACCAGGCUGUUGCUCUACACGGUGCAUCCGGAUGGGGAGAUAGUGGCCGACAGCUCUUGGAUACGCAGCGAUGUAUGCUUCAAAAAUAAGGUCCAACUCGAGUUCUCUGAGAAGCAGGGUCUCCCGGGCUCUAAAGUCGGUCUCCACCUUGAAGCUGCUGCCAACUCCUACUGUGCCCUGCGAGCUGUAGAUCAGAGUGUCCUUCUUCUUCAGCCUGAGCAAGAGUUAUCUGCUGAGACAGUGUACUACCAUCUUCGUGUGAGUGAUUUAUAUAGCUAUUACUACAACGGGCUCAACCUGGAAGAUGACAAGCGAGAGUUAUGUACCCCAGUCAAAACCAUCUUUUCUAACGGCUUGUACUAUGAACCUGUGAAUGUCAGUCGUGAUGGUGACGUCUACGGAAUUUUCAGGGAUAUGGGCCUGAAGGUGUUCACCAAUUCUGUGCUACGGAAGCCAGUUCUGUGCAAUGAAGACAGAUCAAUCGUGGAAGAUUACCCUGCCUAUUUUGAACACUAUAUUUUCACCAUACACUACCUUCUAGAUGAGGCAAGGAUAAUUGGUGGGAGUGUUGUUAACACUGUUCGGAAAUUCUUCCCCGAGACCUGGAUUUGGGAUCUGGUUCAUACUGAUUCCAGAGGAAAGGUCAAUGCCUUUUACACUAUUCCUGACACCAUCACAGAAUGGAAAGCCAGCGCUUUCUGCAUGCAGGAUGAUGCUGGGUUCGGCAUCUCCUCACCUGUUUCACUGACAGCAUUCCAACCAUUCUUUGUGUCUCUCACCUUGCCAUACUCUGUCAUUCGAGGGGAAAAAUUUAAUUUAAUAGCCAACGUCUUCAACUACCUCAACAAAUGCAUCCAGAUCAGUGCUGUACUGGCAAAGUCGAGUGACUACAAGGCAGAAAUCCUUUCACCAGAGGGCAACACAGCAAGGGUGUGUGCCAAUGAAAGAAAAACCUAUAUUUGGGCUGUUAGCCUCCACAAACUUGGAGAGGUGAAAUUCACAAUCACUGCUGAGGCCAAACUGAAUGCCGGAGGUACUGGAAACAGCAUAGCCUCAGAAGAGGAGACAAUUCGCAGGGACACCCUGAUUCAAACCCUACUCGUUGAGCCUGAAGGUGUUAAAAAAGAAUUUACUCAGAGCUCUCUCAUCUGCACGAAAGGCACAAAGAUUUCUGAACCAGUCUCUCUCAGCCUGCCAAGAAACAUGGUGCAGGGAUCAGCCAGAGCUUAUUUUUCUGUCAUUGGAGACAUUUUGGGUACAGCCCUGAGGAACAUGGAGAAUCUCCUCCACAUGCCUUAUGGCUGUGGAGAACAGAAUAUGGCCUUGUUCACACCGAACAUCUAUGCCCUGGAUUAUCUGAAUAAGACUGGGCAGCUAACUGAAGAGAUUAGACUCAGGGGUACUUGGUAUUUAUCCAGAGGGUACCAAAAACAGUUAUCAUACAAACACCAGGAUGGAUCCUACAGCUCAUUUGGGACAAGAGAUAACCAAGGGAGUGUCUGGCUCACUGCCUUCGUGUACAAGUCCUUUGCACAAGCCAAACGCUACGUCUACAUUGACGACAAUGUCCUGUCUCAAGCUCUGAUUUGGCUGGCAAGCAAGCAGAAGUCAGACGGCUGCUUUGAAAGUGCUGGGUCACAUUUCAACAGUGCUUUGAAGGGUGGAGAAGAAGGUGAAUACUCACUCACAGCCUAUGUUGUGGCAGCGUUGCUGGAGGCUGGACACUCUGCUGCGCAUCCUGUCAUUCAGAGUGGCAUGAACUGUUUGGAGACUGCAUUUGGCAAUGGGGUCCACAACCUGUAUACCCAGGCUCUCUUUGCCUAUACUUAUGGCUUAGCUGACAAAGAGGAAAGAUGCCAAUUCUUCCUUGAGAAGCUGAACAAGACAGCUACCAGUGAUGGUGGUACUGUUCAUUGGCAGAGAGAAAAUAAGCCACCAGCAGAAGAUUUCCCUGUCUUCUAUGCCCGUUCCCCUUCUGCUGAGAUUGAAAUGACCAGUUAUGUGCUCCUGGCUUGGCUCAACAAAGCCAAACUCAGUCCAGAAAUCUUAUCUUACAUUUCUCGCAUUGUGCGCUGGCUUGUCAAACAGCAGAACCCAUACGGCGGUUUCUCCUCCAGCCAGGACACUGUUGUUGCUGUCCAAGCUUUAGCCCAGUAUGGAUAUCUCACCUUCUCUAAAGAAAUUCUUAACACAGUCAAAGUCAACUUCAUGGAGCAUCCCACUGAGACUUUCCAGGUGGAUGACAAGAAUCGCUUCUUACUACAGCAGGCUUCCUUACCCACUAUUCCAGGGAAUUACAGCAUGGAAGUCAGUGGCACUGGCUGUGUCUAUCUGCAGACCACCCUGAGAUACAACAUCCAUUUGCCAAAUAAAGUUGCAGGAUUUUCUCUCUCUGUAAGGCCGGCCAAUGUAUCCUGUACAAGUAACUUCCCACCAAAAUUUGACCUUGUCCUCUCUGCCAGUUACACAGGGAACCGCGGAGUCUCCAACAUGGCUAUUAUUGAUGUGAAGAUGCUCUCAGGUUUUGUUCCUGUAAGAUCUUCCCUGAACAAGCUUCAGCACCGGGAUUCUGUUGUGGAUCGUGUAGACAUCAAGAAUGAUCACAUCCUCUUCUACCUUCAGAAGGUCUCCCAGAAGGAAAUCAGCUUCUCCUUCAGUGUGGAGCAAAGCCUGCCUAUCUUAGAUAUCAAACCAGUGCCAGUACAUAUGUACGAUUACUACGAAACAGAUGAAUAUGCACUUGCAGAAUACAAAACACCCUGCUCCUCACCUUCGGCCUGA